AUGGAGAAACAGCGCGAGUCACGAACUGCCUCCUUCUACAAAAUCCCUCCCCUGCACCUGGUCAGCGUGGAGCACCCUGCGGUGAUCCGCAACCUUGAUAAAGCCGUCGCGACCCUGCAGGGCAACACCGGCAUCGAGAAAAUGCUGAAUCCUCCCAAGGCUGAUGCCUCGAUCAAUUUGAUGCUGAGGCCGGAAGAUGCCCUGUCACGACCACUUCAGUCAAUAAGCUGUCCAUCAAAUAAUGUCCUGCUUAAAGUCACCGUGCCCAAGCGGACGGGACGGAAGCGUAAGCGCGGCUCGGAUGAGCCCUUUGUGGAUGCUACGCCUGAGUCUACGGGGGAGCCUCUGCGGCGGCGCCCUGCGAAGGAGAUCAUGCGCAGUCUAAGCGAUAACCCAUCAAAGUACAGGGUUGAAGCAAUGGGAAAGAUUGAAAGGACUCAUGUGUUUCGAGGUAUGCCUGACUUUGUCUACUCGACCAUGAAUAGCGCCUUCUCCAACCGGUUCCGACAGCAGAUUCUCCCAUAUGAGUUGGAGAAGAUCAAGCAGUUCGAUCUUGAUAUGAGCAAAGGAGCCACCCUGAACGUGGACCUCAUUCCCCCACCUUCCUUCAGUCAAGGUGAAGUGCCGUUCCAGUACAUCUAUCGCCAAAACCCCAUGGUGAAAAAGGCUGUCGACCAAUCCGGCGAGAUGACAACCGUGAACACGCAACAAGUAGCCAGAGUGCGCACUCACCUCGUCGCCUACGACAUCCCCCAAGUCCCACACCAACCCCAAGAAGAUCUCCGCCCAAUCGAGGAACUCGAGAACAGCCUACGCGCAACCAUCCAACUUCUCGAGGAACUCUUCGAGAAGCGACCCGCAUGGACUCGCCGCGCAAUCCGCAAUCAUCUCACAACCGACGAACAGCGCAACAACCUGCGCCACGCCGUGCCCUACGUCGGCUACAUCUUCCGGUCCGGACCCUGGCGAGACGCCAUUAUCAAACUUGGCCACGACCCGCGCACUUCCCCGGCCUACCGUGAUUACCAGACUUUCAUGUUCCGCAUCUUACCUCGCGAGGCAGAACUCGCCCGUGACGGCGGGACCGGCCGUCGCCAUAAUAUCUCCCGUGUAAUCGGCGACGAGAUCAAUCAAAGCCCCGACAUGACAGACACGCACAUCUUCACCGGGCAAUUGCCUCUCCCGCGCGACGGACGCAUCUGGAUGGCCUGCGACAUUGUCGACCCCUUACUCAAGAACAUCCUCUACCCGCCGAACCCGCCAGAGGACUUCCUCCGACCUAGCUGCGAGAUCAUCACGGACGGGUGGUUCGGCAACGGCACGCUCGCGAAAGUGAAAACGAUCAUGCGGUCUAAAAUCCAGACACUCAUCGAAGACCGCAAACCGCAUGACUCGGACUUUUGGCGCAUUGUGGCGUUCCCGGAUCAUGCGUAUACGGAGGCUGAUUUGGGGUUGUUUACGGUUCCGUUGGAGGGGACGAUUAGUCGGGAGGUUGCGAUGGCUACGGAGGUGCGGGCUUCGAUUAAGGGAGCGCCGUUGUGGCGGAAGAUGCAUGAUCGGGGACAUGCGGAUUUGGAUGGGGAGAAGGUCGGGGUGUUGAAGAGGGCGAGGGGGAAAGGGAAGAAAGGGAAGAAGGGGAAGGAUGUGGUGUUUGAGGUUGAAAGGGAAGAUGAGGAGGUCGAUGAAGGUGGAGAGGAAGAUGAGGUGGAGGUGGAGGUUGAGGAUGUGGGUGGUGGUAAUGGGGACGAGAGUGAGGGUGAAGAAGAGGAGAUGGAGCGAGUGGAGAUGUGGCAUGAGCAGGCUGUUGCUGCGGUGCAGGCUCGAGAGGCUGCACUGGCAGAGGAGGAUGAGGACGAGAAUGAUGAGGGUGAUGAUAUGGAUGGUGACGAGUAA